GUGAGAAUGCCCGUGCUGUACUGACAGAAACGAUACGGGCUUAGCAGACAUGGAGGCCCGAUUAAAGAGAGAGGCCCAUUCCGAGGCGUCUGAGCACGACUAACGCGGAUCCGGAGGAGGAUUCGUGCGACACACCGGACAAUCACGGCAAUUUCAAGAAAAAUAUCCUGGCGACCAUGCUGUUACGUAUGAAGGGAGGGUUUUGAUCUCAAAUAAUGUGAGCGCCGUUCUGGGCCAUUUUCAAGUUUGAAGGUGAGAGGGCUGGACGCUUUGGAAGGGACAAUAUUGCUUCAACCCACCAAGGAUAUUUUCCCAACCUCUGCUAUACCCCCCUCCCCCUUCCCCUUUAUUCCACUUUCUUCUUCCUACUUUACAUCUUCACAGUCACUCUGUAAGCAACUAUACACACUAGUGAGAACAUCCUGCCCCACUCAAGCCCCCCUUGUUCCACAAAUCACAAAUGGAUCAGAGGACACAGGGGGGGGCUACCACGCCACCCCCCCUCCCUGCCAAUGCCCCCCCAACAGAACGUGAGAAAGAGGGAGUAGGAGGAAAGAAGGAUGAUGAAGAGGAGAAAAAGAAACGAGAGAAUCCAAGAGAUGGGAUGCAGACUGAUAUUUGUGGUGCUGAAAGUGGGACUAGUGACCAGCAGCAGCCACAGCCUCCACAGUUCUCGGUCAAAGAAACCAGUUACUCAGAGGGCAAUGUCAAACUUAAGAUAGGCCUGCAGGCCAAACGCAUGAAGAAGCCUCCUAAGAUCCUGGAGAACUAUGUCUGUCGGCCAGCCUUCCGAGCCACUGUAAGGCAUAGUGGAGGCAGAGGCGGAGGACGUACUAAUCGUGGGGGUGGACCCAGUGAUGGAAGCAGCAACACCUCUAGCCCACCUCGUGGAAAAGAAGGAGAGAAAAGCCCCUCUGUCAACCGAGGAGCCCCUGUAUCAUCUGGCACUUCUGCUGCUAUCUCUCCUGCACCUUCUCUUCCUCCUCCCGUUUCCACCAGCCCAGUCACUUCUGUGAAUGGGAGUGCUCCAGCAAAAAAGGGGCCUCCAAAACUUGCCUGUAAGUCAGAGGGAAAGGCUGAUGUAAAAUCUGUCGCCUCUUCAGAGAGACCCCUUAACCUUCAUCGCCCUGUGACAGAAAGCAAAUCACACUCCUCUGGAAAGAAAAGCCACGUUCCACAAAGCAACUCUGCCCCUGCCGUAUUGCCACCAACAAAAUCCCCAACUGCAGCAUCACCACAGGACCCCAAAACGGACGGGAUCCCAAAAACUCCUCAGUGCAAUUAUGCUGAUGGGCAGAAGGAACAAGAAAGAGGGGUGCCAGCCUGGGGUGCUCCUACAGUCACAGAGAAACUUGCUCAGCUCAUAGCUACAUGCCCGCCUUCAAAGUGCCCUAAACCGAAAGCUCGGAAGGUGUCACCAGCUCCAGCACAAAGUAGCUCACCUCCCUUGAUUUCUAAUCUGCAGCGCCCAGAACGGGCUAUGGCCAAUAGGAACACCUAUUCCAGGGCAGGGCACCUUGCCCCACCACCACCUGUCUCACGGCCCCCAGGUCGCCCUUAUGGGUCCAAAAACAAAGACAGUAUCCUGGAGAAAAUAUCUGUGACCUCUAGAAAAGAGGAAUCUGAUGGACUUUCAAAAGGAGUUACUAGUAGCAACAGCAGCACAACCACCACCACUAGUACUGCACUGUCUCAUAGCAGUAGUCGUUUGACAACAACCAUAAACUAUAGCACUGACAACAGUUCCACCAAUGGAAUUAAAUCUCUGUCUCGUCUUGGGCAUUGCCCAUCUCAUUCUUCCUCCAUACCUUCUCUUUCUUUACCUACUUCCUCAUCUUCAUCCUCCUCCAUGGAGAGGAUAGGAAAUGCUGGUGGUCACAUUGGUUUGCCAGGCUCCCUAGGAUCACGGCCUAGAGCAAGCCCCUCCCAAAUAGAGGAGUUUUCUGAGAAAGACAAAGAGCGUGACAAAGACAUGGACAGUCCUAGAGAUUUAAGUAAGGGCUCCACUCCGGCUAUUCUAGGGAAGCAGGAUGCUAAAGAAAGAUGUUCUCUGUCAGCUCUCCGAGGUGAGAGGGGUAAGAGCUUAAGCCCAGAGUCCUCCAAAUGCACUAGUUCACCUUCUAACUCUUAUGGUGCCAGCAGGAGCCCACCUCCACUCUGUGAUGACACUGGGGCUAUAUCUCCCGCGUCACCAGCCGAACAGGAUUCUAAGCCCCUUAAGAAGCGGCGAGGACGACGACCUCGCUGGACUAAGGUGGUCAGUCGCACCCAGAAACCAUUACAAGAAGCUGCUUCUAACCAUCAGACACCCACUGCACUUUUGCCUUUAGGUCUUGCCCCCUCAUCCCCUAUUCGUCGGCCUGUGGGACGGCCUCCUAAUGCUAAUCGUGUACCCCCUGUUGUUACAGAACUUUUUGCAUCUCCACUGAAGAAGAGGGGACGUCCCAAGUCCAAAAUGCCUCGGUUAGAUGCACCUGCACAAGGCCGUCCCCCAAACAAACUGGUCCCCUCAAAAGUGUUCACCAUGCUUAAGUCAAAAGAAGAGCAGGAUCCCCCUGUUUUGCAACCUGAAGUGGACUUGAAUCCACCUAAACCCAUGCCAAGAAAGCGAGGGCGUCCUAAACGUUUACCUCCAACCCUUCCACAAGAAACUCAGCCUCCAACUCUUGCUCCUGAGUCAGGGGAUGCUUCAGUUGGUGACAAAACUUUUCGUAAAAAAGGCAAUGGGCAGCUCAUCAUGAAGUCGAUUAUAGGCAAAAUCAAUAAAAUGAAGACCGUGAAAAGGAAUCGGUUCCUCAAUCAGAUACUGCUUGGGCCAAAUUCAGGGCCAGAGCAGGAUGGCUCCAGAAGCUGUGGAAUGCCAGUGCCUGUGGCUGCUACACCGCAGUCUCUUUCAUCACUUGCUGCUACAUUUGGGGGUAAAUUAGGCCCCCAGAUCAAUGUUAGCAAAAAGGGGACAAUAUAUAUGGGUAAAAGGAGGGGUCGUAAGCCAAAAGCAUCCGCCAAUCCCUCCACAGGUGCCCCUACACCCCCUCCUGAACCUUUUUUGUCCCCAAACACAUCCUCCCCACACCAUCUUCACCAGUCACAGGCCUUACAAAACCAGCAACACCAGUUGAUCCAAUCUGAGGUGUUUCCUUCCCCAUCACUCUCACAGUCAAGUGGGGGCCAAAGUCCCAUUAGUGAUGCUAGUUUUGUUGAGCCUGGUUCAGUGCACUUCACAUCCCACCCAAACUGCAGCCAUUCCCAUCAGGGCCACCACUCAUUCUCCUUUCCCCCACCAACUUUUUCAGCCCCCUCUGCUCGCACAGUAGGAAGCUCCACAUCAGCACACCCAUCUCAGAAGAAGUCUUCUUGCCGAGGCUACCACCAUCACCACCACCACUACCGGCAGCACUACCAUUAUCGAAAAUUUUCUCCUCCAAGGCCACUGUUGCCCACGUCCCCUGCUCCUCUAAGUGAGCUAAAGGAAGCCACACCUUCCCCAGUCAGUGAAUCACAAAGUGAAGAGACAGUACCCAGUGACAGUGGCAUUGGAACAGACAACAACAGCACUUCAGACCGUGGGGAAAAGGCAGGUAGUGCCAGUGGCUUAGCUGGUGUAGGGGUCCCACAGGGAAUGGCAAGUGGACUCCUAAUGCCUGGUGUCAUAGGGCCAUCAGUAGGAGUAGGAAUGGGACUCCCCUCCAGAGGUAGGAGGAGGCACUCAUCUUCAGUUCUCUUGGAACGUCCCUCACCUACACCCUCCCCACUUGGAGCUAGAGCAUCACCUGACCCAAGAAGACCACACCCAGCUGCCCCAUCUUCUGCACUGGUUGGACAUAAAGAAAAGCACAAGCAUAAGUGCAAGCGUCGUGGACAUGGCUGCCCAAGUUAUGAUAAACUGAAAAGACAAAAACGUAAACGCAAGAAGAAGUACCUUCAGCUUCGUUCACGGAGGCAAGACCCAGACUUUCUGGCUGAGCUGGAUGAGAUCUGUGUGCAGCUCAGCGAUGUACGAAUUGCUCAUCGCACACCUGCUCUCCGUCUGGGUAGUAGCUUGGGUCAGGGUUCUGGGGCAGCAGGCAUGGGUCGUGGGUCUGGUUUGGGUAGUGCUAGGGCCAGCAGCAGUCUCGGAGGUGGAACCAAUCCACCACCCCAUCACUAUCUGCAUAGAGACCUCUUGCCCACCAUUUUCAGGAUUAAUUUUAGUGGAUAUUAUUCACCCCACCCAGCCUACCCAUGUGAUUCACUUCAUUAUGUCCGUAAGCCUGACCUUAAGAAAAAACGAGGGCGGCCACCUAAGCUCAGAGAAUCUUUAUCAGAGGUACCUUUUGUACCUGGCUUAGGCUUUCCCCUCUCCAGUGGAGGUUUCUAUCACCCCUCUUAUGGUGUCCCAUACUCAUCUGCCCCACUGGGACUUGGCUACUAUCGAGGAUAUUCACCAGCAAGUGCCCUGUACCCCCACCAUCAGGCUCCCCACUCUGGCCCAUCGCACCAUGUGCAUUCACCCUCCUUUCCUCCACCACCACCACCUUCUUAUGUUCAUCAUCAUCACCCGCCUCAUCUGCUUCUUAACCCCUCCAAAUUUCAUAAGAAGAAACAUAAGCUGCUUAGGCAGGAGUAUUUAAGUGGGGGUCGUUCAUCAUUACUCUACCCUGCGAUGUCAUCCGAGCUUUCAUUCGGCUGGCACCACAAACACAAGCAUAGGCAUAAGCACCGUGAUCGCUGUGGAGAAGAGGAGGGUGAUGAUGGGGGUGGAGUUAUAGGUGGUGGAGGAGGUAGAAAUAUAGGAGGUGAGGGUUUAGGGGCAGGAAGAGGGGAGCGAGGAAGUGGAACAGGUAGUGUAGAGUCUCUCCAGCGCUGCCGGUAUGGUCGAGAUGGCUCAGCAGACUCCAGUGCUAACAAACAGACAACUGCUGCUUCUGCCAACUCCCCUUCUUCUUCCUCCACAUCUUCUGCAGAACGGUACAAGCGAAAGGAGGCCUCAAUGUCUUGUCUUGGGCCUUCAAGGUUGUCUUUGGGUAGCGGGAGCCGGGGGCAUCAUCCUGUCGACUCCUGGUUCAGGAUUGGAAGUUCUGAUACUGAUUACUCCAAACUAUCUAGAAACCAGUCCCUUUCUGGGUCUGGUACAUUCUCUGAAGGACAUGCACAAACUCAAUUGGAGUGCUCAGAAAGUGAAGAGGAAGAUGCCACUUCCCUCCUUGAAGAGGCAGAGACCAGCCACCACACCAACUUGUUUGCAUCUGCACUAACUCGUAACUCCUUCAGGGGGAGUCGUGGCAAAAAAGGUGGAACAUCAGAGAGUCCCAGCCUACUGCGGUUGGACCGGACAAUAAGAAGGGAUCGUUCCACAUCUGCAGAGAGAAGAGAGUUGGGGAAUGUAUCUGGCACCCAGAAUCGUGGUGGCCAAUCCAGUGUGUCUGAGGUUUCUGAUGGUCCCCAUCGACACCACCUUUACCACCAUCCUCCUCUAUCCCUGUCUCACUCUUCCUCUUGCCUCUCUCAUUGCACUCUUGACCAGCCUGGAAGCGGGGCACCUCUUCGCCCCUCCAGCCACCAGGCUAGUCCCUCAACAUGCUCCUCCCAGCCUGCAUGCUUUGACUCCUCCCCUUCUCACCACUCCCAUCGUUUAGCCAACCCCCCUCACAAAAACAACCUGCACCAUGUCAACAAGAUCCUCCGUGCAAAGAGGCUCCAGAGACAAGCACGCACAGGAAACAAUGUGGUGAAAAAACGGGGUCCAGGGCGUCCCCGCAAACAUCCACUGCCCUCACCUCCUCCAUCACCUCCACCACAACCAUCUGAACCAGAGAGUCAUCUGGCACCUGACAGGCACAGAGAAGGUUUGCUGUGGGAGGAAGACACUGUGGUUGACGCCAUUGAGUCGGUGGUACAGAGCCAUCGCAGAAAGGGACGUAAGCGAAAAUGUUGGGAGAGAGAGACAGAUGGAGGUAACGAGGAAGAAGAGGAACCAGAGGAAGAGAGAGAAGAAGAGGUAGAAGAGGAAGAGCGGUCAGCAGCUAGAGAGGAGGAAAUUAUGCCAAAAGCUACAACAGAAGGUGGAAAGGGAUGGUUGAUGCAGAAAGAAAUGCAUUGUUUUCCCAGUGCACUGGAGGGAAAACCUGAUGGCCAGUCCACCCCAGAUUGCACAGCCCCCACUUCACUAAAACAAGCCCCAAACACAUCAGUGACCAGCCAACGGGAAAAGAGAGCUGCUAGGCCACCCAAAAAGAAGUUCCAGAAAGCAGGGCUUUACUCUGAUGUUUACAAGACUGAUGAUCCUCGCAGUCAGCUGCUACAGUUAAAAAAGGAGAAGUUGGAAUACACUCCAGGUGAACAUGAAUAUGGCCUUCUUCCUGCUCCCAUUCAUGUUGGGAAAUACUUGAGACAGAAACGCGUCGAUUUCCAGCUGCCUUAUGACAUCCUGUGGCUUUGGAAGCAUGAUCAGCUAUACAAGAGACCUGAUGUGCCUCUCUACAAGAAGAUCAGAUCCAAUGUUUAUGUGGAUGUGAAGCCUCUUUCUGGCUAUGAAGCCACUACCUGUAACUGCAGGCCGCCUGAAGACCGCACUGAUAUGGGCUGUCAGGACGACUGCCUAAACAGGAUGAUCUUUGCCGAGUGUUCUCAGAGUACGUGUCCAUGUGGUGAUCAGUGUGAUAACCAACAUAUCCAGAGGCACGAGUGGGUGCAGUGUCUCGAGCGCUUCCGGGCGGAGGGGAAGGGCUGGGGCAUCCGCACCAAGGAACCCCUACGUUCUGGCCAAUUCAUCAUCGAGUACCUGGGAGAGGUGGUCAGCGAACAGGAGUUUAGGAGUCGCAUGAUGGAGCAGUACUUCUCCCACAGCGGCCAAUACUGUUUGAAUCUGGACAGUGGUAUGGUCAUCGACAGCUACCGCAUGGGAAACGAGGCCCGCUUCAUCAACCACAGUUGCGAACCCAACUGUGAGAUGCAGAAAUGGUCAGUGAAUGGAGUGUACCGUAUUGGUCUGUUUGCUCUGAAAGACAUCAACAGUGGAACCGAGCUGACAUAUGACUACAACUUCCACUCCUUCAACACAGAAGAACAGCAAGUCUGCAAGUGUGGCUCGGAGGGUUGCCGGGGCAUCAUUGGUGGCAAGAGCCAGCGAAUCAAUGGGCUGCCUGGGAAAGGGAGCGGAUCAGGGGGUGGAGCCCGGAGGCUGGGGAGACUGAAGGAGAAACGCAAGUCCAAACACUCACUUAAAAAAAGGGAGGAAGAGUCCAGUGACAGCAGCAAGUUUUACCAGCACCUUUUAAUGAAACCCAUGUCUAACAGAGAGAGAAACUUUGUGUUGAAACAUCGAGUGUUCCUGCUUCGGAACUGGGAGAAAAUGAGGGAGAAACAGGAACUUCUGAAGAGAGAGGGAGAGAGAGAGCGAGAGAGGGAGAAUAGCGGCCUCUCUCUUUACACUCGCUGGGGAGGAGUCAUCCGUGAUGAUGGCAACAUCAAAUCAGAUGUGUUUCUGACACAGUUUUCAGCGCUACAGACGUCACGCUCAGUCCGCACACGCAGACUUGCAGCAGCCGAGGAGAACACAGAAGUUACUCGCACUGCACGCCUGGCACACAUCUUCAAAGAGAUCUGUGAUAUGAUCAUGAGCUACAAGGAUUCAUCUGGUCAGACUCUUGCUGCUCCACUGCUUAACCUGCCUUCUAGGAAGAGGAACAUGCAGUACUAUGAGAAGGUCACGGAUCCACUAGACCUCAGUACAAUAGAGAAGCAGAUCCUCACUGGACACUACAAAACCGUCGAGGCCUUUGAUGCAGAUAUGCUCAAAGUGUUUCACAAUGCUGAGAAAUAUUAUGGGCGCAAGUCGGCUACAGGUCGUGACGUUUGCCGAUUGCGGAAGGCGUAUUACGGUGCUCGUCACGAGGCUGCUGUCCAAAUUGAUGAGAUUGUUGGCGAGACAGCCAGUGAAGCAGACAGCUCUGAUUCGCUGGAGAGAGACCACGCCAACCACCAUGAAGGAGGAGGCAGCCAUGAUAAAGAUGACGAUGUUAUCCGCUGCAUCUGUGGCAUGUAUAAGGAUGAGGGGCUCAUGAUUCAGUGCGAGAAGUGCAUGGUGUGGCAACACUGUGACUGCAUGCGUUUAGAAGCAGAGGUGGAACAUUAUCUGUGUGAGCAGUGUGAACCUCGCCCAGUGGACAAGGAGGUCCCAAUGGUGCCGCAGCCCAGCUAUGCCCAAUCAGGAUCCAUCUACUAUAUCUGCCUGAUCCGUGAUGACUUGCUAUUACAUCAGGGUGACUGCGUGUAUCUAAUGAGGGACAGCAGACGAACACCAGAAGGCCAGCCGGUGCGUCAGUCAUACCGUCUUUUGUCUCACAUUAAUAGAGACAAACUGGACAUCUUCCGUAUCGAGAAACUCUGGAAAAAUGAAAAGGGUGAGAGGUUUGCCUUUGGGCAUCACUACUUCCGUCCUCAUGAGACGCAUCACUCGCCUUCCCGCCGCUUCUAUCAUAACGAGCUUUUCAGAGUGCCUCUUUAUGAGAUCAUACCACUGGAGGCGGUGGUGGGGACCUGCUGUGUACUGGACCUGUACACGUACUGCAAGGGUCGACCGAAGGGGGUCAAAGAACAGGAUGUUUACAUCUGUGACUACCGCUUGGAUAAAUCUGCACACCUCUUCUACAAGAUCCACCGCAACCGGUACCCAGUGUGCACCAAACCCUAUGCAUUCAACCACUUCCCUAAGAGACUCGCGCCCAAGAGGGACUUCUCACCUCACUAUGUGCCGGACAACUACAAGCGGAACGGCGGUCGCUCUGCCUGGAAGAGCGAACGGCCUAAAGGUGCAUCGACCUGCGAUGAAGACCCCUCCCCCAGUGCAUCAUGUGACCGGCUGUCCGUCACCUUCUCAAAAGACGGGGAAGAGGAUGGAGAGAGGGGAGUGGAGGGAGACAUGGACACCACACAGGGGGACUCCAGCACCCCCAUUCCCUUGCUAUCCACAUCACAGGAAAGAAAGUCGGGUGGGGAUGAGGAAGAUGUGGAAGAAGAAGAGGAAGGUGAGGAGAGGAGGGAGCUGGAGGAGGGCUCUCGGGAGAAAACAGGAGGACGAGACGUGUUGCACGCCCCAUCCUCUUCCUCCCUUUCAUCUUCACCUCUUCAUCCAUCCAUCCUGGGCAGGAGGGAAGCGCAAAGAGAGCGACUGAACAAAAUUCUGCUAGAUCUGUUGCACCGAGCACCCAGCAAGAACGCGAUAGAUGUGACGUAUCUUCUCAAGGAAGGCUCUGGUCGCCGCCUUCGACGACGGACACUUGGACUGAGCGAAUUUAUUUGCAGGAAGUAAUGCACAUAAUUUUCUGCCAAGCACGAUUGCAGAGCAGCAGAAGAAGAGGGUAUAUAAUAUAGAGGUGCAUGGCUGGGCAACACCAAAAAAGAGGGGAGAACGGAAGAGGGAGGCGACACCAAGGGCACGAAGUCUCUCCUGUUCAUAUUUAAAUCCAGCAGUCUCACUUUCUAAAGGAACUACAAGAGAGACCAUCCCUAGGCUCAUGCACUGAGGACAUGCAAUUUUCCAGCUGUCGAAAAAUUUGUCACCUUGAUGAGUUUAAAAAGAAUGACAAGUGUCAGACAUAGGAAAAUGUACUUGCCUAAGCCUUGAAAUUCAAGUUGAACUGUCGUAAAUAAACUAUGAUUGAACUUUUGACCUUUGUCAAUCAAAAGUCUCCUAUGACUGUCUGUUGACGGAGGUUGAAGUUUCUAAAGGAAGCGUGUGGUACUAAAUUUAUCCUUUGAGGGUCAAAUACAUUCGGCUGCAAGUGGAAAAUUGGAGACCAGCGCCCCCUUGUGGUCUAUAGUGGAAAAGACUUGAGAUCACCCUAGAAAGGACCAGGAUAAAUACGCAAAUAGGACAAAGGUGGUUCUGUGUAGUGCACAUACACACUGCCCAUAGACUGAGAGGAGAGCUGAGCUGAGAGAGAACGUUUGCUAACUGCACUUUUUAACAACACUGACAUCAUUCGCUCCCGGAGAUGUAUGGAUAAAGAUACACUAACACUCGCGCAGUAUUGAUCAGUGCUGUACGAAAAAGCAAAACAAAUAAGUGUAUUACCCUCUUUUUUUUUUUCUUUUCUUUUUUUUUAUACUGUAAUUAUAUUAGGAAUGGAGCACGAUGGGGAUGGGGGUGACGGGAGGGGGGAUCGGAUCCAUAUUUGUGAGCUCGGGAAUGGGUUGGAAUGUUUCGCUUUUGUUAUUGUGGGCAUUGUAAUUGGUUAGAGUGGCUGCCAGCCCCGCCCCCUUUUUUAAAGUAUUUAAUUCACCAGCUCCAAAAAAAUAAAAAAAAUAAAUCUAUCAGUGGAGGUGCGCUGGCUUUAUAUACCACCUUAGAAUGCCAUGAUCUUAACCGCUUUUGUUUAUGGUAGUGUGUGCGAUUGUGUAUGGUGUUUGUGUGUGCGUGUAUGAGUGUGAGCCCAUACUGACAAUAUAAAUACAAAAGAGGAAAAAAACUAAGAGCUUGAUAGCAGUUAAUAAACAGUUAAAAUCAUGAUCAUAAGAGCUUAAUGUAUCAUGUGAUGUCAUAUUUUUUGUGAGUGGCUUGUGGGGGGUGGGAAGGUUUGAGGAGGGUUCGAGGUUUUAGUGUUUUUUUUACUUUUCUCAUUUUUUUAAAUGGCCUUUCAGGUUGCCAUGGAGAAUGUUUAUAAACAAAAUUAUGAGAUUUGCCCUUAAUGCAUCAGCUAUGACAGAUAAGUAUUUCCAGCCCUUAGAUGCACAGAAAAAAAAACUGACAAAGUAAAGAAACGUGUAUAGUGCCAAGCUAUGUGUAUAUAUACAGAUGGGGAAAUGUGAGAGAUGUCUCCAAAAGCAAUAUCUUGAUAAUGGAUUUUGUGUAUUGUAUUGUACAGGAUUCAGCCCCAUAUGUAUUAUUAUUAUUAUUACUACCAUUCUUACGAUUAUUAUGCGAGUGUGGCCAGAACUGUCACAUGUAACCUUACAAGUGGACAAGAAAGUGGCAGACAUAAUGAUUAAUAAUCGCAACAAUUUCUGGCAACAAAGGAAAUCAUCUUAAAUCUUGUUACCCAAAAACAUUAAUUUAGCAGACUGCGAGAGGGAGGGUUGUCAAAUGGACUUUGCUGAAGGGGGCCUCGCAAUGACCCCAAACCUGGCACCCGUCACUGUAAUAAUUAAUAUUAACAUUAUUAUAAUUAUUGUUAUUACUUUUGAGGAGAAAAAGAUAUAAUGUUCCUCGUUUUUUGCUGCAAAGUGUUGAACACUAAAAAAACAAACCAACAUGAAAAUGUAAAAUGAUAUUUUGGAAAAUGACAGAACAAAAGAAGCUGUUGACCCAAUAUCAUGUUCUUAAUCUCCUUUUUAAUUUUCUUUUUUUUUUUUUUUUUUUUUUUAUAAUAAAAAAAAAUGGUUUUGUUUUUGUGAUAGCGGUCAUAAAUAUAAUGCUUGUAUAUCUUGUAUUUGUGUGUUUUUGUGUGAUUCGUUUAGCUAUUUUUUGACAAUCACAAAAUAAGAUGCAAGCAUUGUAUAUGGACAGACUGGCAGGCAUUUUGUGAUGUUGUGUACAGUUUGUCGAAACUUCUUCCACUCUGAUUCAAAGUUUGUAAUUAUAAAGUCAUGAAAAUGCUGUUGAUUUUUACUGUUUUUGUUUUGUUUUAUAUUCUAUUUGUUUUGUUUGUUUUUUAAUAAAAAAGCACUACAUUAUUGUGAAUAUACUUGCCUGUUGCUCAUACAUUUAGCACAGAAUCUGUGAUGCAGUUCAUUACUAGGUUAUAACCAUUAUUACUCCAGUUAUACAGACAAAUCGUAUUUUAAUUGUAUGGACAGUCAAUACAUCUUCAAAUAAAGUGCAUUUUAACUAUUGCUUAGCACAUUGACAUUGUGUACCAUCAUUUGAAUGACAAAGUAUAUUAACAAUGAUAACGCUUAGCAAAAUCAGUAUAUCAUUAUUAAAUGUCCUCAUCUGAUUAACCACA